CGCCUCUCGCCAACCCCAGGCGAAGGCACUAGAAUUUCCCAAAUUAAGAACGCAGAGGAAGUUUGGACCUUUUCGGCCACCGCUCGCUUCAAUAUGGCCGCCCCCAGGGAGAGACUAGGCAACCGCGAAGGAGCAGAUCGCAGCCCGUGAGUCCCUCACACAUGGAUCACAGCGCCGAGUUCAGGAAAUGGAAGGCGCAGUGUUUGAGCAAAGCGGACCUCAGCCGGAAGGGCAGUGUGGACGAUGAUGUGGUAGAGCUUGUGCAGUUUCUCAACACGCGAGAUCAGUUUUUCACCACUAGCUCCUGCGCUGGCCGCAUCCUACUCCUUGACGGGGGUAUAAAUGGUUUUGAAGUUCAGAAACAAAACUGUGGCUGGCUACUGGUUACACACAAACCUUGUGAAAAAGAUGAUGUGAUUGUAGCUCUGAAGAAAGCAAAUGGUGAUGCCACUUUGAAAUUUGAACCAUUUGUUCUUCACGUGCAGUGUCAACAAUUGCAGGAUGCACAGAUUCUGCAUUCCGUGGCAAUAGAUUCUGGUUUCAGGAACUCUGGCAUAACGGUGGGAAAGAGAGGAAAAACUAUGUUGGCUGUCCGGAGUACACAUGGCUUAGAAGUUCCAUUAAGCCAUAAAGGAAAACUAAUGGUGACAGAGGAAUAUAUUGACUUCCUGUUAAAUGUGGCAAAUCAAAAAAUGGAGGAAAACAAGAAAAGAAUUGAGAGGUUUUACAACUGCCUACAGCAUGCUUUGGAAAGGGAAACUAUGACUAACUUACAUCCCAAGAUCAAAGAGAAAAAUAACUCGUCCUAUACUCAUAAGAAACAAAAAAAAACAGAAAAAGCACAUGCCCAGUGUAUUACUAAGGAAAAUGAUAAAGAACUUGAAAAUGAUGAUGACGAUCUAGGAAUCAAUAUUACCAUCUUCCCUGAAGGCUACUAAGCUUUGGUUCUGACGUGUCUUGGUCGUAACCUUUCUACUUCUGACAGGUCCUUCUGGAAGUACUCCAGAAGAAGACAUUGUUAUCAUAGAAGAUAACAGCUUCCUGUGUGUUAUUGCUCCUGAAGACCUUCCAGUGGGACAAGAUGUGGAGGAGGAAGACAGUGAUUCUGAGGAUUCUGACCCUGUGUAGGCUUAGGCUAAUGUGUGUGUUUAUAUCUUAAUUUUUCACAAAAAGGUUUUUCCAAUGUUAAAAAAAAAGAAAAAAAGCUUAUAGAAUAAGGAUAUAAAGAAAUAUUUUGUACAGCUGUAUAAUGUGUUUGCUUUAAGCUAAGCAUUAUUACAAAAGAGUCAAAAAGUUUUAAGAAAUUAAAGUUUAUAAACCAAAUGUUCACUGUAAGCUAAGGUUAAUUUAUUCUUGAAGAAAGAAAAAAUGUUUAAUGAAA